UAUGUACUGCAAAAUCUGUACAAGAUCUACUAUUACACCAGCAGAAGCUCUACAAGAAGAUCACGAUUCACCUAUUGGCAACACCAACUGCUACUCUGCACUACCUUUGUGUUACAGUAGUCAGAACUGAAAAGGUAAGUGGUAUCUUUGGGAACACAGCCCACGUCCAUAUGUUCCCCAAUCAGCAACUGAGUAAAAUCAGCAGCUUCAUCUCUGAGAUAUCACAAAUAGCCAAAAGGAAGUAGCGGACACCACUCUGUCAUAUAACUAUCAUUGUAAAGGCAGGAAGAAACAAGUUCUGAACAAAGGUACAAUCUUUUUUAACUAGUGUAUUGUCUGUAUUACAAUAACAAUGUACUUAUUAUUUAUGUAUCUCUACCAUGAUGCCGUUUGUUUAUCUCUAUCUCUUUCCUUUUUUUUUUAUUUUUUGUAGAUUCAAUUUAUUGUGGACUGAGAGAAGUUAUAAGAGUUCACUGAAAUACUGAAAAUUAACAAUAUUCUUGAAGAACUCCACUUAACUUUUUAUCUGCACAUCAGACUUUGCAUCCGUCUGCUUUAUAUAACAGAUAUGGGUAAUGAGACAGCCGAAAGCUUGAAUACCAUCUACAUAGCAACAGAAUCAUUAAUUGGAGCCAUAGCUGUUUUGGGUAACACUCUGGUAAUAUGGGCUGUAAGGCUCAACCCAGCUCUUCAAGAUACCACGUUUUACUUUGUUGUUUCUUUAGCAAUAGCAGAUUUUGUAGUGGGAGUCUUAGUUAUGCCACUGGCUGUUAUUUUGAAUAUGGAAACACAAAUGCACUUCCAUGUCUGCCUGUAUGUGUGCUGCUCAAUUAUCAUUCUGACUAAUGCAUCUAUUCUGUCCUUACUGGCAAUAUCAGUUGACAGAUAUCUAAGAAUAAGAAUACCAACCAGGUACAGAACUGUGGUUACAAAAAAGAGAGUUUUUAUCUGUAUUUUUUUCUUCUGGAUUCUGUCUGUCCUUGGUGCUCUGCUUCCAAUGUUUGGAUGGAACAAUAGAUCAAACCUUGAAGAGAAAGAAAGAGAUUAUCUGAGGUGUGAAUUCAUCAAAGUCAUGAGCUUGGACUUUCUGGUUUAUUUCUGCUUUUUUGGUUGGGUUGUUAUCCCAUUAUUUUUAAUGGUGGGUUUGUACACACAGAUUUUCUCCCUUAUUCAGAAGCACAUGAGACACAACAUCAACAUUAACCAAGGAAAACAGAACUACUACAGCAAAGAACAUAAAACAGCAAGAUCUUUAGAUUUGGUCAUGUUUCUUUUUGUUAUAUGUUGGCUGCCCAUAUCCAUUGUAAACUGUAUAAGCUAUUUUUAUCCCAGUGUUGCAGAAAAUACAGCAUUCCAACCGGCUGUUUUACUAACCAUUUUGUUAUCUCAUCUUAACUCAGCUAUGAAUCCCAUUGUGUAUGCCUUCAAAAUAAGGAAGUUUAAAUACACAUUCAUCAAUAUUAUAAACAUGCACAUCCUCUGCAAGGCUGAGGUUACUGAAAGUUCUAGUGCUGACCUCACGUUGGAAAAUAUAAUGCCAAAAUAG